CCACCGGAGGGGGCAAACAAACGUCAACCUGUUGUUUGUCCCGUCGCCGUGUAUCCACUCCGAGCCCCAGCACAAGGAAGUGCGGCACGCACACGCGCUCGGAAAGUUCAGCAUGCAGGAAGUUUGGGGCGAGCUCGGCCACUAGCAAGGCGGCCCGGGCCAGCGCGCGGCGAGCGCAGGCGGCGAGGGGCACGGCGGCGCGGUGUCCGUCCCAGGAGCGGAACCCGGCUUUUUCUGGGAGCGACACCGACCCGAGGUCGCCAGUCCCAAAUGCACCGGCUCAUCCUUGUCUACACGCUAGUCUGCGGAAACUUCUGCAGCUCUCGGGACACUUCGGCCACCCCGCAGAGCGCAUCCAUCAAAGCUUUGCGCAACGCCAAUCUCAGGCGAGAUGAGAGCAAUCACCUCACAGACUUGUACCGAAAAGAUGAGACCAUCCAGGUGACAGGAAAUGGCCACGUGCAGAGUCCUCGCUUCCCGAACAGCUACCCCAGGAAUCUGCUUCUGACGUGGAGGCUCCACUCCCAGGAGAAAACAAGGAUACAACUAGCGUUUGACCAUCAGUUUGGAUUAGAGGAAGCAGAAAAUGAUAUCUGUAGGUAUGAUUUUGUGGAAGUUGAAGAUAUAUCUGAGACAAGUACCGUUAUUAGAGGACGAUGGUGUGGACACAAGGAAGUUCCUCCAAGGAUAACAUCAAGAACAAACCAAAUUAAAAUAACGUUCAAGUCUGAUGACUACUUUGUGGCUAAACCUGGGUUCAAGAUUUAUUAUUCUUUUGUGGAAGAUUUCCAGCCUGCAGCAGCCUCAGAGACCAACUGGGAAUCAGUCACAAGCUCUAUCUCAGGGGUAUCCUAUCACAAUCCAUCAGUAACGGAUCCCACUCUCACUGCGGAUGCUUUGGAUAAAACCAUUGCAGAAUUUGAUACUGUGGAAGAUCUGCUUAAACAUUUCAAUCCAGAGUCAUGGCAAGAAGAUCUUGAGAAUUUGUAUUUGGACACCCCUCAUUAUCGAGGCAGGUCAUACCAUGAUCGCAAGUCAAAAGUUGACCUGGACAGGCUCAAUGAUGAUGCCAAACGUUACAGUUGCACUCCCAGGAAUUACUCAGUCAAUUUAAGAGAGGAGCUGAAGCUGACCAACGUGGUCUUCUUUCCGCGUUGCCUCCUUGUACAGCGCUGUGGGGGAAAUUGUGGCUGUGGAACUGUCAACUGGAAGUCCUGCACAUGCAGUUCAGGGAAAACUGUGAAAAAAUAUCACGAGGUAUUAAAGUUUGAGCCUGGCCAUUUCAAGAGGAGGAACAGAGCUAAGAACAUGGCUCUUGUUGACAUCCAGUUGGAUCACCAUGAACGGUGUGACUGUAUCUGCAGCUCAAGACCACCUCGAUAAAAGACUGUGCAAACACUUACAUUAAGCAUGCAAGAGCAUUUAGUUUAAGGAGGGUGUGGUAAGAGAUCCUUUUCCCACCAGAAACAGAACGUACUACUAGCAUGCAUUGCAAUGAAUACAAGUGGUGGCUGAAUUUCAACCUAGCUUUGUUAUUGCCAUAGCACAUAGAAAGGUUAUGUCAUCAACUUCUAUAUCCAAGAAUUUAGGAUUCCAUUUAAUGAUAGUAUAUGAGGAGAUAUAUAUAUAUAUAUGAGGAGAUAUAUAUGUAUAUCUCCAUAUCUAGAUGUAAAUAGAUCAGAUGAUUUAUUCAGUAUAUAUAACCAGGCACACCAGAGCUCAUAUAUGGUUAUUUAGAACCUUAGUCUUUUGACAAAAUAAGGGGAAUAUCAAAUAUAUAUUUCUUUAAAAAAUUCAGAAGAUGGAUUUGUUUAUUUUUAGAUUUUGAAUUACUGAAAAAUUUUGAUUCUUUCUUUAGAAAAGUAUCUUGGAUAUUAAAAACCAAAAGAUGAGCUUUUCUUAUGUACAUGUCUUAGUUGAUUAUAAAACAGAAGAAAAACAUGAUUUCUGAGAAAAGGGCAAAUACUUAAUCAUUUUUCCCAGGAGAUGCAGUUACCUAUGUAGAUGAUAAUUACCUGUCUCCAAAACUGUGCCAAAAUAAUAUAGGUGCUUUAGAAAGUAAGUCAUUAAGUCUUCUUUUUAUGUGUUUUGCUGAUGUAUGCUAAUUCAUUUAACACCUGUCUCAAAAAUUGCUCAGAAGGUUUAUUAUUAUAAUCUUGCAAGAGACAAUUUAUAAGUUGUAGCCAAGUUUUGAAUUGUUUUCUUUCCAUAAACCCCUCCACAAGAGCAAACCCUUCCAAGAAUGACAUGGGGAUUGUGUAUGAGCCUUUCAUAAAGGUAUACAUUGGCAGAAUGAAGCAAUUCAAACUUAAAAAAAAAAAGCAAACUUUAAAAUGUUCACGUAACUGGAAAUCAGAAUGUCUGGUGGAAUCCUUGUUCAGUAAUGGAUUCAAACUCUCUAAGCCAUGCCAACACUUUUAUGUAUUUUGCCUUUGUGUCCCUGUCUCUUCAACAUACAGUCGUGAAUUUACAGCAGUGUUUUAUACUUGGCAAGCCAGCAUGGAUUAUUCAUAGUCUAAAAGCUUUUGCAUAUUAAUAAAACAACCAAUUUUGCUGAUGUAAAUCCCUGAUCAUAUCCUCAGUCACCAUUCUGCUUCUCGUUCCUGAACCCAGUGAAAUCAGAUCUGGGGUCUCGGUGCUUUCCAAAUCUAUGGAGCUUGUUUUAGGAAGCCAGUUGUAACUUACGGGAGCACAAGUUUGGCUCUGUUCCCCCACUAGAAAAUUGUUUUGCAAUGGUUAUUGAUAUUUAGAGUAAAUCUUCCUCCCUGGCUCCUGUAUGUCUAUUUUAAAUGAGACUGACCCCAGGAGCAGGAAAUGAUUCAUUAUUCUCUAAAGAAAGACACUUAAGAGAGAACACUGAAAUCGAGAUGGCCCAGGGACUGCUCAGGAGAGCUCUAUUUUUUUUCCUGCCUUACAAGUAAAAAGGAGAGCUUAUUGCUUCUGUGAGUCUAGGGCCCUACGGACUACAACCAGACACAGUGAGGCAUAUGUGACUGGACUACUUAAAGCCCAGUGUCAGAGGAGUGGCCUAUUCAAUAUAAUUAGAUUGCUAACUACAAUGCCCUAAACCCAAGUUCUCAAGUGUCCUUAAGGAGCUUGAUUUGUCUCCUAUUUUUGUAGUGAAAGACCUGUGCUUAUUAAAGAUAUAACUUUUACUGCUCCCCUAAAAGUAUACGGUGUUUUUACUCAGGGACUGAUUGGAAAAAUGUAAAUACUCUAUUGUUUAGUCUCCAUAAAACCAGAGCACAGUCAGAAAUAGCCAGGCAGACACCAACAAUCAGGAGUCACUCUUCUCCUUCAUGGCCACUGCAAGUUUUCUCUGAAAUCCUUGGCUUCCUGUACCAACCUCAAAAUGCGUGUUACAUCAUUCCAGUUUUUACGACUCACAUCGUAACUGUAAAUAUGAAAAACUGGAGUGUUCCACCCAAUUUUUAAUAAACCUUUCAGGUUGCAAUAACCCCACAAUAGUUUUCAGUUAAAACCCUAUCUGUAUGUUUAUUUAUUACCUUAAAUGUAAACAGGCAUAUUCAGUCACUUUACUUUUGCUUUCCUGAGUGUUUUAUUAAAAUUCCUCCCUUGGUUAUCUGUUAUCUAUUGCACUUCCAACUUGUAGCCAGUAAAUCUGUUUCAUGGCCAUCAAAGGAAUAAAAAGCUUACCGUACAAAUUACAUUUCAAAACAAGCCCCAGUAAAUCCACAUGUCUGCAUGGCUUACUCAAUAUGUUCUUACAGAAUAAAACACUUCCAUAUAUAACGAUUUUAUGUUUGUUUUUCACAUUGGUAAAAUGCAGCUUUUUAGGCUUCAUAGCAUUUUCUGUAAGCAAAUGUAAUAUGCUUCCAUGAAAAAUAAAUAUUGCUUUUGAACAAAA